AUGGGCGCCUAUCUCUAUGGGCGCCUUUCUCUAUGGGCGCCUAUCUCUAUGGGCACCUAUCUCUAUGGGCGCCUAUCUCUAUGGGCGCCUAUCUCUAUGGGCGCCUAUCUCUAUGGGCGCCUAUCCCUAUGGGCGCCUAUCUCUAUGGGCGCCUAUCUCUAUGGGCGCCUAUCUCUAUGGGCGCCUAUCUCUUUGGGCGCCUAUCUCUAUGGGCGCCUAUCUCUAUGGGCGCCUAUCUCUAUGGGCGCCUAUCUCUAUGGGCGCCUAUCUCUAUGGGGGCGCCUAUCUCUAGGAGCGCCUAUCUAUAGGGGCGCAUAUCUCUAUGGGCGCCAAUCUCUAGGGGCACCUAUCUCUAUGGGCGCCUAUGUCUAUGGGCGCCUAUCUCUAGGGGCGGCUAUCUCUAUGGGCGUCUAUCUCAAGGGGCGCCUAUCUCUAGGGGUGCCUAUCUCUAUGGGCGCCUAUCUCUAUGGGCGCCUCUCUUUAGGGGCGCCAAUCUCUAGAGGCGCCUAUCUCUAUGGUCGCCCAUCUCUAGGGGCGCCUACCUCUAGGGGCACCUAUCUCUGGGGGCACCUAUCUCUAAGGGCGCCUAUCUAUAGGGGGGCGCCUAUCUCUAUGGGCGGCUAUCUCUUUGGGCGCCUAUCUCUAGGGGCGCCUAUCUCUAUGGGCGGCUAUCUCUAUGGGCGCCUAUCUCUAGGGGCGCCUCUCUCUUGGGGCGCCUAUCUCUGUGGGCGCCUAUCUCUAUGGGCACCUAUCUCUAUGGGCGCCUAUCUCUAUGGGCGCCUAUCUCUAGGGGUGCCUAUCCCUAUGGGGCGCCUAUCUCUGGGCACCUAUCUCUAUGGGCGCCUAUCUCUAGGGGCGGCUAUCUCUAUGGGCGUCUAUCUCAAGGGGAGCCUAUCUCUAGGGGUGCCUACCUCUAUGGGCGCCUAUCUCUAUGGGCGCCUCUCUUUAGGGGCGCCAAUCUCUAGAGGCGCCUAUCUCUAUGGGGCGCCUAUCUCUAUGGGCGGCUAUCUCUUUGGGCGCCUAUCCCUAGGGGCGCCUAUCUCUUGGGGCGCCUAUCUCUAUGGGCGCCUAUCUCUAUGGGCGCCUAUCUCUAUGGGCGCCUAUCUCUAUGGGCGCCUAUCUCUAGGGGUGCCUAUCUCUAUGGGGCGCCUAUCUCUGUGGGCGCUUAUCUCUAUGGGUGCCUAUCUCUGGGGGCGCCUAUCUCUAUGGGCGCCUAUCUCUAUGGGCGCCUAUCUCUAG